UUCUAGUCGAUCGUCUUUAGCUGCGAACCGCCCUGUCUCUCAAGCUUUGAAAAUGUACAACAAACUGUUCAUCGCCUCCCUCCUGGUGGUCGGUGCCGUGGCCCCUCCUCCCCCCUCUUCGGACGCCGAAGCUACCGUCCUGGCCCAGGAUCAGAUCAUCAACGACGACGGCAGCUACGCGUACAACUACGAAACCAGCAACGGAAUCCGGGCCAACGCCCGCAGCGACAACGGCAUCAACGCCAACGGAGAGUACUCCUUCGUAGCGCCGGACGGUGCCGAGUACCGCGUGACGUACGUGGCCAACGAGCAGGGCUUCCAGCCCCAGGGUGCCCAUCUGCCGGUGGAGCCCCCAGCGCCCGAGCACGUCAUCAAGAUGCUGGAGGAUCUGCGCGCCACCAACAACCCCGAGUUCGAUCUGGCCUCGCUGGACGCCACCAUCGCCCGGUUGAAGGCCACCCUGGGUUAAGAAGGAGAGAAUUGGACGCGGUCACGACCGUUCCGGAGCGGUGGGCGGAACGGAAGUUUUGUACAUAUUUCAAACGAGACGGGAUGAUUAGUGCAAUUUAAAUUGAUAUUAGUAUGUUAAGGCAAAUAUAGCAAAGAUCGUAUAGAUUGAAA